CUCACACACCACACCGCCCUCAUCUUCGACGUCUACGGCACCCUGAUCGACUGGGAAUCCGGCAUCCACACCGCCCUCGCCGCCUCGACGCCCUCGCUCCCCCUCCCCGCGACCUGGACCCGCGCGGACGUCCUCCGCGCCUUCGGCGCCGUCGAGGCCGACCUCCAGGCGCAGCACCCCGCGAUGCCGUACAGCGCCCUCCUCGCCGCCGCGCACCUCGCGCUCCGCCGCCGCCUCGAGGCGCUCUUGGACCCAGACCCAGACCCAGAUGCAGAUGCAGACGCGGGCGCAGGCAACAGCGACCGCGACCGCGCCGCGGCGGAGCAGGCCGCGGCCGCGCGCUUCGCGGCGAGCAUCGCUACCUGGCCCGUGUUCCCCGACACCCCGCGCGCGCUGCGCACCCUCGCGGAGCACUUCACGCUCCUCGCGCUGUCCAACGCAUCAUUCCCAGCCCCAUCGAUCCCCGACCCCCCAACGCCCUUCACAUCCCUCCUCACCGCCCAAGACCUGGGCGCCUACAAGCCCUCCCCCACCACCUUCUCCCGCGCGCUCGCGCACCUGCAGCACGCGCACAACGCCCCGCCCGCGCGCGUCCUCGCCGUCGCGCAGUCGCUCUUCCACGACCACGCGCCCGCCCGCGCGGCGGGGCUCGCGCGCGGGGUGUGGAUCGAUCGGCGCGGCGCGGUUAUGGGG